GCAUCACAUGAUACAUUAUAAGAGCAAGUUUUUCUAGCUGACGGCUGACGGACAACUGAACAGCAGAUCUACCGAGAGCAUAAUAAUUACACCCUGCGCUGCUCCUGAAAAUUCGACAAAAUGUCGGACAAAGAGAGACUAAAUGUGUUCCCGUCUCGAAUGGCCUUGGCCAAUAUUAAGGCGAGGCUAAAAGGAGCUCAGAAAGGUCACAGUUUGCUCAAGAAAAAAGCAGACGCAUUGACUUUAAGGUUCAGAGCAAUUCUGAAAAAAAUCAUUGAUACUAAAUCGGAAGUUGGAGAAGUUAUGAAGUCAGCUCAGUUUUCACUGGCAGAGGCAAAGUUUACAUGUGGAGAUAUAAAUCAUACAGUUCUUCAAAGUGUUUUGAAAGCUUCCAUAAAGGUCAAGAGCAAGAAAGAAAAUGUUGUUGGUGUGACGCUUCCAAUUUUCGAGUCGUAUCAAGAUGGAAGUGAUACGUAUGAGUUGACUGGUCUUGCCAGGGGUGGACAACAGAUAGACAAAGCUAAAAAGAGCUAUGGACGUGCCAUUACACUGUUGGUAGAACUUGCUUCACUACAGACAUCCUUCAUUACUUUGGAUGAAGUGAUCAAAAUUACCAACCGUAGGGUCAAUGCUAUUGAGCAUGUCAUCAUUCCACGCAUAGAAAGGACUCUUCAGCACAUCACAUCCGAGUUGGAUGAAAGAGACAGAGAGGAAUUUUACAGGCUGAAGAAGGUACAAGAGAAGAAGAAGAAGAUGAGGAAGAAGGAGGAAGAAGAAAAGGCUGCAAGGCUAGCCCAAGGUGAUACUGAUGAGGCUCCCACCAUAUUUGAUGAUUUUAAAGAUCCAGAAAUAUUAUUUGAUUGAUGGCCGUGUAUGUUUAAUGAGCGUCCGAAUUGUACUUCUUUUUGUACAUACAGUUUUUAUGGCUGUGGAGGUCUAAUUAGUCAGUGCAUAUAUUUACAUGGGUUUUAUUAUAAUAAUGAUAAUAAUUUUUUUUGCAAUGGACAGUAUGGGAUGAAUGUGAGGUGUCUACUUUUCAGGUCAAAUACGCAAUUUGAAAUUUUCUGCAGGCAGCUGCCAAGUUGUUCUUUAAAAAAAAUUUUUUUUUGUAGGAAUACGAGAAUACAUUUUAUUAAGUUAUAAAAAAAAUUACAGCUGAAAUCUCUUGUCAAGUAAAUGUUUUUCAAUGCAUCAGUGGGGUAAGAAUGAACAAAACUGAAACUCUCGCCAAUCAACAUUUACAAGGACUGUGGUCUUUUCUGUUUCUUUCCUGUUUGAACACAUGCUGUGUAAUUGUGUGAUCCCAUUGAUGUACUGUUCAUCAAAUUUAAACUUUUUUGUUGUUGUUUUUUUUCCGCUUGUUUGUUAGAUGACAAAGACUUAAGUUCUCUAUGUAUUUGUCGACCUUUGUUUAGUAGGUCUAUGGAGUUAAAUUUAACCCGUUCGUCGCCAGGGGGUGUGUGCUCCAACUGUCAGGGCUGAUUUUCCUGUCAAACUCAUUAGCCAGAACACCAGUCUCGUGUCUUGGUGUUACGUUAGUGGACUCGCUGUCUAGAUCUGGCCCACCUGUGACAUACCCAUUUCAGACCCCAGGUCUUUUGAUAGUGUCAAUUUCCUCACUCCCCUCAUUCCCUAUAUUCUCCAUCUUACCCAAAAAAAAAAAAAAACCGCUUGCAAAUCAAAGGAAAGUUUCUGCCUUUUUUAAGUAAAUCCACACUGUGUUUGUGGAUAAAUCUUUAUACAGAAGAAGUAGAGCCAGGUGUUUAGCGGGACAUACAUGUACCAUCUCAUAGGCAACCUUGAACCUCAAAUGUUGUCCAUUUCCAGAUGUACAUUGUACAGAAGGUUAAAGAUGGUCAGUCUACAAAUGUACAAUUCUAGGUAAUUCAGAGAAUUAGGAUGCAGUGUUGCCACUGACAUUCGUGAAUAUUAUAUUUGAGAGCAUAGUCUGCAUAGUCUUUGUCAAUUUUUGUUGCCUGUCAGUCGAAAAAAGUAGAUAAUAUUGGUAAUUAAAGAACACAUGAUAUGCUGUAAUUGUAAUGGUGAGCCAGAUGGUAGCGAGUCCAUUGGGUCAUAAGUUGAAGAUAAUGUGGCUGCUUAUUUUUCUUAUCGAGUUGAUAAGUUUGCAUGUGAAAUGCUUCAAGACAGUUCUGAUUUUCUUCCUGCUAAUUCCUGAUCAGAAUAUGGUUAGGAAGGUUAUUAUAUCCCCCUUCCCCCUUAAUUUGUGAUGUGUACACCGUUUUUGACGUUGCUGUGAGUUACCACUUUGUGUUAGGUCCUAGUCAAUGUUAUGCAUAAUGAGACAGCACAAAUGUAAUCUUAAUGUAUGAUUUGCUGUGUAGAAUGAUUUCUUAAAUAAUUGUCACAUAUUUAUAUAUAUAUAUAUAUGCAAAUAGACAUAAGUUUGCAUUCCUUUGAAAAAAUGGGCUCGUUGGAACUCUAUUGAUCUUGUAACUAGAAAACUGACUGUAUGUUUAUGUUUGAAAUUGUUAUCUGAAUAAUUUCACGUGAUCAAAGAUCUUAGUGUUAGCUUUUAUUGAUUCUUUUUCAAUACUUCCAUGUAAUUAUACACUAGCAGUGUUCUUUUGACUGCAAAUUUGUCAUACUGGGAAUAGCAAGUGCUCCACAGUAGUCUUUAAUAUUUCAAGCUACUGAAUUACAAAAGAAAGGAAAGUUAUUCUGUCACAGAUCACUGCAUCCAGAAGACUUCUUUGUGACUUUGUAAACUUCAUGAUGCCUUUAGGUGAAAACAACUCUUUUUUGCAUGUGCUUGUAAUGUGAUUCAAGGUGGUUGGUUGUAUUGAUGGGGUUCUAUGGGAAAGAUUGUAUUUCUAGUGAAGAUGAAGAAAUUUGACUCAUCUGAAACUAAAGUGUAUUUGCUAAGAAUGCUUGGGAAAUGUCCUCUUAUUGUGUGCUUUAGUGUAACAAAUUGUCAAAUGACUGCAAGUAUGAUGGAAGUCCAAUGUUUUGGUGUUUAGUUGAUUUUAGAUAUUUCAUAUAUAUGGUUGUUUGAGAUUGGACACAUUUUCCACAACAAUGCUUUAUUCAUGCCAGUAGUAAACGUAUGUUUGAUGUUUAAAAUGUGUCUUUAGUACUUUUUUCCUACCCUGGCUUUAGUUUUACACUAUAUGAUAUUUUGUCUUGUUUUGACUCUACUGAGUUUUAUUCAAUCAUAAAUCUUCUUUUGGAAAAGAAAUAAAAUGUAGAAAUUUUAAAAAAGAAAAGAAAUUGACGUUACAGAAACAAUUAAAAAGUUAUAGCCAGGAGCAUGAAAUUAACCUUUUUUUAGUGACAUGAAUUUUUGAAUACUUACAGCUGGAAGUUGCGUAUGUGUAACCAUGAGUAGUGAAAGUGGUAUACCUGGUAUACACAUGAUAUACAUAUAUGGAUAUCGUCCCACUUUUCAUUCCAACACCUUUAACAAAAAGGCUAAUAGUGAAGACAUUGUGCUGCCCUCUUGAUCUCCUUGUAAAGAGCAACGUAACAUUAAGUAUAACAUUGUUGUCAGCGUUGUUUGAGCUAGCAGCAAGCGCUAGCUGGUUCAGUUGUAAACAGAAUGUACAAGUUGUUGUUUAUGUCAUGUUUUAUUCAUCUUGAAAACCAAAUACCAUGUCAUAAUGUGUAUGUAAUUAUUACAUGAUGUAAACAGAUCUUGCAUACAAUAAAAUGUAUAGUAAACACCUGA